GCGGGUGGAAAGUGCCGUGGGUGUGCUAUUCUGCACUUUCUCCCCGUAGAAAGACAUUCGGUGUCCGGAAGUAUUAAGUUGUGACAUACGGUUGCUAAAUAAUACUUUAAUGGUGGACAAGACGUUGUUCGUCGAUGAGCUAGUUGAGAGCUGAAAAUAGUCAUGUGAAAUUGUGUGUGGAUUGGUAUGUAUUGUGAACUUAAUGGGUGUGUAAGUGUUUUUUAAACUGGGGAACAUUACCAGUGAUAAUGGGUGAAAGUUGGAGCAAAUUAUUAACUGAUUAUUCAUCAUCGCGAAUGGGCGAAACUGUCCGCUCGUGGGUCGGCAGAAAACGUAAGCGUGAUGACGAUAGUGAUUCUCAAUCGGAAUCAAAUCUCGUGUUGGAGAAGACUAUGCGAACACCGAAGAGGAAAAAACUUGCAUCUACAGCCCAGUAUAUUUAUCAAGCAUUAUUUAAAGAAGGAAAAAACAGUGAUAUAAAAGUUCUUGCUCUUGGGAAAUUAUGGAAACUACAUAGGAUAUAUUUGUGUCAGAGUCCAUACUUUGCUAGCAUGUUUUCUGGUGCCUGGAAAGAAGCAACGGAGGAUUUUGUGAGGAUUGAAAUUGUAGAUCCUAAGAUCAAUUUAGAUGCAAUGUACAUUGUUCUUGGAUCCUUAUAUUUGGAUGAAGUAACCCUGGAACCAGCAGAUGUUGUGUCAGUGCUUGCUGCAGCCUCUCUGUUUCAGCUGGAUGGACUAAUAGAUCAAUGUACAGAAAUAAUGAUUGAGACAAUUAAUACAGAGACUGUAUUAACAUAUUAUGAAUCAAGUUGUGAGUAUGGUUUACAAAAUGUUAAAGAGGCAUGCUUCAAGUGGCUACUUGUCAAUCUGCUAUGCCACAUAUGUGAUUGUCCAAAGAAGCUAGUUCAAAUUGGUGUGGAUCUUAUGACACAAUUGGUAAAAUCUCCUGAUCUUUUUGUUAUGCAAACGGAGUUCUCAGUCUAUGCCCUUCUUCGGUACUGGGUAUACCUGCAUGUUGCACCUCAAUGGGAAGGAGGCUCUAUUCAGGAAGCUUUGAUUGCUUCCCAAUUAUACUUCCAAGAAAGAGAUGAUGAUACACCAUUUUUAUUGACGAAGGAGGGGUCUAAGUAUGCACCACCAUUUCGUGCACUUCGCCUUCGACAUUUGGUAGAUCACCAUACAGAUGUUCAACUUUUGCACUCAGAGCAUGUAUUACCACCUUCCUGGUUACACCCUGCUAUAUACAACAACUGGAAUCUUAUGUUACGCAUAGAUCAAGGCAUUGAUAGAGGUGCAAAAGAAUUAACAUUUGAAGAAUUCAGUGCUGAUUGUCUUCGUUGUGGACGUGUUAUACACAAUGAAACAGAACAUGUGUGGCGAUGGACAGGUUUUAAUUUUGGUCUUGAUCUUGUUUGGACUUGUGAUGGUAGAGUACUCAAAGUCAAAAGGAAUCAACGCUCUGAUUCUGAAGUUAUGUUGAGUAUGCAGCAGAGACGGCAUUUCAUGUUCAGGAUCACUUUAGCAUCAUUGGAUGAACAACGACAAAUAAAGCAAACUCAAUCAACUGGCACAAAAUCAAUGUCAUUUUUUAAAAAUGAAGAGGUUGUGUUGUUGGUAUUGGACUCAGAACUCACAUUUCCCAUUUUGGUGUCUGUGAACUUAUUGACAACGUGCCCCAUUGCAUCAUUACAAGACUCUCCAUGUCCACAUGCUCCAGCACCAUGUCCACAUGCUUCCAUCAAUUGAAAUUGUGCAAAUAUUUGUGCACAAGAGAGUGCCUAAAAAUCAUUGCACACUUUUUCAGAUAUAUGCCUGUGACAAGUACAAAUAGUCAUAUUGUAUGUAUUGUGAAGUGUGCUAUGUUCAUAAUCUAAAAUAAAAAAAAUAUUUUGAGGUUUGAGUAUUUACGCUUGGGCGGCUAUGCUUGAACAUCUACAUAAUAUGUAUGAGUUUGUUGACAUUUUUGUAUAUUCUAUGCUAUUAAUCAAAAACUUUGAGUUUUAUAAUACUUUCUCAAAUUUUAAUUUUAAUUUUAUGUUUUACUAUAAAAGUUUAAUAGUAACCAAUUUUUUACUAUGUCAGUUGACCAAAAAAUAGACUAGGACAGAUAAAUGUACAAUAUAUAUGUAAAAUGUAUGUUAGCAUAUAUUUAUGUUUCUUAUUGCUUAGAUGAAGAGAAAUAAGCUUAUUAACUCAUGCCAAUUUCAAGAGUGAGGGUAAAUAAUUGUUAAUUAAUCAUAAAACAGAAAGGAUGUCAGGGCUCUAUUUGUUUUCUUCAACAUGAAGUUAUUAUGCUAAGUUUGUUCUAUUGAGAUUUAAAAUUGCACUGUAUUCAUGUCCAAAACUGUGAAUUGUAAUGUUAAAAGUGAAGAAAUAUGUUCCCACAUAAAAUCGUAAGAAAUAUGCAACUUGCAAACUGAAAAAAUAUCAUGUUGGCAUGGAUAUUAACAUUCAUUAAUAAUUAAACAUUCUCUUUUCAUUGAAAUUGUUGUGUAUACUACAAAAACACUUAUAUAAUUUAGUUUCUGUUUAGUUCAGUGAGAAUAGCACACUACAAAGUGAAUGAAUGUGAUCAAAGUUUUCUGCAUAAUUUGUGUUUAGAAUACUCUUGAUUACUAUACUUAUUCCAUAUCAUUUUUUAAACUUGUGAUAAUAUUAGAGUAUUAUAUUUGUAAGUCGCAUUAAUGUUCUCAUGCUUCAUAAUAUAUUUUUCAUUAAUACAUUUUUUGCAUUUUGACUUCAAGUAUAUUGGAAUGGUACCACUUAUAUUUUGUGUUCAUUUUUAUAAUGCAUUUUUAACAUAUCACUUAGUCUAUUAAUAGUAAUUUGUUCUCAUAUUAACAUAAAUAUCAUUAAUAAAAUUUCAUGAAAUGGAUAAUAGUAAAUUUACCACUGUAGUUGUGGUGGAAUGUGAGUGACUUACAUCGAAACAAUUACAACAUUAAUUUAUGCUGUACUUUAUGUUUAAGUUGAAAGAUCAGUUACCAAUUUUUCUACUGCCUUGCACUGGUGCUGUGUGGAAUAUAGUCAACUAUUGAAGUAGUUGAGCAGCUAAUACUUAUAUAUUAUUUUUUAUUGUGAUUAUGUAUUUUGAUGUAAGUGAUUUAGAAAAGUAUUGAAACUUAAUUAGAGUUUAAAUCUCUCACUCAUUUGAAAGUCAUUAAUCUGGUGGUGCUAUAAUUAUCAAACAACUGAAUAAAUUUAUAUGGAAUUCACAUCGUUAAUAAAUAUGUGGAUGUAGAAAAAUAUUCCUUUCAAAAACCCAGUUGCCAAAAAUUUCUUUGCAAAUUUUAUUUGGCUCUUAUAUAUAUAUAUGUUAUACAGUUUGUAGAAUAACUGUAGACAUUAAACUUCACAUUUUUCUACAGAAUGUAUGUAAUGCAGUUAAGUAAAAAACCUUAUCUGUGUUUGUUCCAUACCCAUUGCCCC